GUUACAUAUAUGUGUAAGAAUCAUCUUCCAUAAUGUUUUUCGAAUUCCGCUUGUCAGUUAAAUUACUACAAUCGUGUGGAAGUAAACGUACUUUGCAAACUUAUUUGUGAAAAUUUUAUAAAAUAUAAAUGAAUUACAUUUAUUUAUUUAUUUGUGUAAAUGUGAUUUAGUGAAAAGAAAAAAAAAAAAAAAAAAAAAAACUAUAAACAAAAAUUGAGAAUGAAGAAAGCGAAAUGAAUUAAGGAUUGAAAUAUAGAUAGUUUAUAAACUAAAUAUGCUCUCUAUCAAGAUAUUAUAUAUAUCGGUGACUUUACGAUAUAUGGUGGAUGUUAAUGGUUUUGAUUUGAAUAGAGAAUGUUGUCCACCGCAAGAGAUAUUUUCUAUUAACAACAAUUCCAGGUGUUCUAUUUUACAUUAUGAAAAUUCUCUUAAGAAUUAUGAAGCAAUUAACAAAGAUUGGGGAAUGGAAUACUUACAAAAAUGCUUCAGUGAUACCUUAACUAAAUUUAGUAUCAUUAAUUCAACAAUACCAAAAUCAAUAACUUGUAGUGAUGUUUUGCGUAAUAAUGAUCUUAUAAAUACUUCGUUUAUUUAUUAUUGUAAACAAAAUAAUAAAAACAAUAAAGCAGUUCCUCAAUUGAAAACAAUCAGAAAAUGUUGUCCUCCGGAACAACGUUAUGAUAUUGGAACUCGAGAAUGUAUAAAUUUUACUUCGAAUAAUUUUACCAUUCUAGAAACUCUAAAUAAAUUUACUUACAACACGAUUGACUUUUUAUCAAUUAUCAAAGGUCAUCCUACUUGUAAUUAUUCUAUAAUGGACCAUACCAUUAAUGUUGUUAAUGAUCGUUUAAUUUUCAAUAACGAUACUCUACAGGUAAACAUAUCAUCAAAUAAUCGCUUGAAAAACAUAUUUACCAACGAAAAUAAUGCAUGCUUUGAUUUUGGAUUAUCUUCGAAUACGCUCGUGGUGAGAACAUGUAAUGAUGAUUUAUUUUGUAAGCAAAAUAUUUGCUUAAGAAAAUGUUGCCAAGAAGAUGAAGCUUGGAUCGGUCAUCAAUGUCAAAAACUAUCUUCUUAUCAUGGUCAUUAUAGAAAUUUUCACACUGAGAUCAAAAAAUUUAUUAAAAAUACUUAUCAUAAUUCAAUUUUAUCGGAUAUUCUAAACUCUACAGUUUAUGGCCUCAUGGUUGGGCAGCAAUUUUGUAAUAGUCGUAUGUAUCCCAUAAAACCAGAAGAAAAUUGGUAUUUUACUUCACGUGGAUAUAUUCAUGUACCAGAUCAAGAUACUUACGAUCAAAAUGAAUAUUGUUUGGAAAUGAUAUAUGAACAUGAGGAGUAUAGUGAUGGAUUAUAUCCUUGCUUAUGUUUUAAUGAUUAUUUAGAACAAAAAGAAGAAAUUAGUCCUAAACGAUUCGCAGUAAAUGCCGCAUUAGAAUUGAUAAGUUGCACUUUUUUGCUAGCAACAUUUUUAAUUUAUUUAUGCCUACCAUUGCUUCAAAAUCUUCAUGGAAAAACUUUAAUGUGCCAUGUAGCAAGUCUUUUCAUUGCAUAUGCUUGUCAUGUUACGAUAACUUUAAUGUCGCUACAAGUUACAACUGACAAUAAUUACAUAUUGAAUUCAUCGAUAUGUAAGCCUCUUGGUUAUGCUAUGAUAGCAUCAUUUCUCGCGAGUUUUUCUUGGCUAAGCAUUAUGUGUUUUGAUAUUUGGUGGACGUUUGGAGGAUGCAGUGGAACUGGUUACAUUUCUAAUAGAAGAAAAGCACGUAGAAAACGUUUUUUCUUUUAUUCUUGUUUUGCAUGGGGACUUCCGCUUAGUAUUUUAUUAAUUACAAUCACCAUAGACCAGACAAAAAUUAUAGCCAAACAUUUGCGUCCUAAUAUAGGGAUUGAGGCAUGUUGGUUCGAUCAGAAUCGAAACAGCUACGGUGAAAUCAUUUACUUUUUUGGACCAGUUUCUUUCCUAUUGACAAUCAAUAUUAUAUUUUUUAUACUAACUAUAAGAAAUUGUAAUCAUGUUAAAGCAGAUAUUUCAAAAUUUUUGACAACAGACAUAAAAAACCGACGAUUUCAAGCUGAUAAAACAAAGUUAAUACUGAACAUAAGGCUUUUUAUUUUAAUGGGCAUAUCUUGGAUUUUUGAAACAAUUUCGUAUGCUAUCAAUCAUUGUGCACCCAACUUGAGCUGGCGUGUUGAACUCUUUUAUGUAUUUGAUGUUUUUAAUUGUCUUCGAGGUGUUAUCAUUUUUGUACUUUUUGUAUUUAAAAGCAAAGUUUACUAUGCAUUAAUGCAUCUCCUCGGUCGCCGUAGAACUGAUGAACCAACUAGUAAAAGAGCUACAAAUCUUCAACAUCCAAAUAAGAUGACAACAUGUACUAGUUGUAGUACACUAAUGUCAUCAACGAUUGAUCCAUUUAAUUCUCAAAUUUAAUAUGUGUAUACAAUAACUUUUUUUAUUAUAUUAAUUUAAGAUUAAAUUUAUUAUGAUUACAGA